UGAAGCUUGGAUUUGCACCACUGAGUCAUUCAUAGCAGUGUGUCGGAGUCCGCGUGACUUCAGCGAGUUGCCGUAGGUUCCGGUUUGUCUGUGUGACGUAACGAAGGGCCAGAAAAAAUUUUACAGGCAAGAUGGCGACUUCGGAGCCGCGAGGACCUGAAAGUGAAGAGGGAUCUAAUGACAGUCCCACACCAGUUGCUGCCAGUCCGGAACAGUAUAUUAAACAUCCUUUGCAAAACAGAUGGGCUCUCUGGUAUUUCAAAAAUGAUAAGAGCAAAAGCUGGACGGAAAACCUGCGACUGAUCUCCAAGUUUGACACAGUGGAAGAUUUCUGGGCGUUAUAUAACCACAUACAACAACCUAGUAAGCUUGGAUAUGGCUGUGAUUACUGUUUAUUUAAGGAUGGGAUCAAGCCCAUGUGGGAAGAUGACAGGAAUAAACUUGGAGGGAGGUGGUUAAUGACGCUCAGCAAACAGCAGCGACACAAUGACCUCGAUCGCUACUGGAUGGAGACACUGUUGUGCUUAAUUGGUGAAUCUUUUGACGAAGCCAGUGAAGAUGUUUGUGGAGCAGUAGUUAAUGUUCGUCCAAAGGGGGACAAAAUCUCCAUCUGGACGGGCAACUGCCAAAACAGGGACGCUAUUAUGACGAUAGGGCAACAAUACAAAGAGCGCUUGAAUCUCCCCGUCAAAAACAUUAUUGGAUACCAGUCCCACGAUGACACCUCUAGCAAAAGUGGCUCUACGACAAAGAACAUGUAUUCGGUUUGAAGAAGACUUUCAAGUUGUAGGUUUAUUAAAAUUACAAAAUUUGCAUCACAUUAUUAUGUUUGUCAACUGCUGUAGUGUCCUUUCUUUUAAAAAAAAAAAUAGAAAAAUGUUAAACGUGCAUUUGUAGUCAUGUACUCCAUUCUAAACGAAACAAAAUUAUCUAAUAGUUUUGACCUGUGAGAGGGACUGCAUCAGCUGAAGCUAUACGAAUCACGCUAGAUGAUCUUUUAGAGUUCAGACAUUAUCCUAACUAAUAAAAGUGCCCUAGCUGAAAAGGUUUACAGUUUAGACUGAAAUGAACCCGUUCUUUCAUUUAACCUUUCUUUUUCUCAUGCUUCUUAAUUCUAAAAAGAGUAUGGGGGACAAAACUAUGAACACGUGAAGAGCCGACAUCUUUGUUUACACACAUUUUAUGGCCCACAAUUAUUUUAACAUGCUUUGUUUAGAGGUGUUUGGCAUAAGACAUGAUUGCAGAGGCACCUGUAGAGAGAAUUACCAUAAAGGUUCGUAACAAAUGAGCGUAGGUUGGUCUUCAGAGAUUUGGAUGAGUGGCAGAUCGUUGUUUCAGCUAUGCUGGAAUUGUGGAAUGAUGCUUGUGGAUCUUUUGUGUUAGCCCCACAUCUAUUUAUGACGUAUGCAUCGCAGUUGAGCUACUUAGUGAGAGAGGAUGACUCAAAACCCAUUUCUGUUUUGUGUUGUUAUAAUUAUUUCCCUUCCUUUGUUUUUGAAGUUGUUAGUAAUGUGGACUACUGCUUAAUAGAGAAGAUUUUUACAGUGAAUUAUACAGUAAAAAACAUAUAUAGCUAUGCUUUUAGGUAUGCGUUCACCUUUUCCUAUUGCAAUCAGCAUUGUAAACAUCUCAUUUGCACCACUUUGGGUGAAUUAAAAUGAAAACAAUACUCAUUGUGAAUUUAUUUUGUUCAUAAUGUAUCUAUCUGUAAUUCCAGGAUGUAUAUUACCUUCUUUCAAAGUAAAGGUCACUUGCUUUGCAUUAACAGAAAUUUUUUGUGCUUUUUUUUUUUUUUACCACCGUCAAACGGUAGAAAUGAAAAAUACUUAAUGUCCACCAUAAAGACCAUACUGUAAAUUUCACUCUGUUGCUUCAUGAGUCAUGGGUUUAUUUUUGUUUAGUAGAAGGGAAAAAAAAGACCUGUACUUUUGUCUCUAAUUAACGCUCAAAUGCAUUGGUCAUAUUUGUGAAAUCCAAAAUUACCUUGCCAUCCAUCUGUUGUAUACAAAUGUAACUGUGUAAAUAGAGAUGGUAAAAGAAAGGAAAAUAUACCUGUCUAUUGAACACAAGUUUCUAAUUUACAGUCAAUAAACAGCCAUGUCACCUGAA